AUGUCCUCCAAACCGCAUUGCCAUGAAAACCAGCUUCAGACCUUCAGACAGUUCGGCCCCAUUCAGCGCGUCACAAGCGCCGCAGAGCAUGCUGGGAAACGCGGCAGACACACCUUCAUCAAGUUCGAGUGCGCUGACAGCGCUCAGGCCGCGGUGGGCGUCGCCCUCCAGAUCGGAAACAGGAAGCUGUCAGUGUGUCAUGCUCUGACUCCGCCCCACAUGACCUCAUGGACACACACACACCCUGUUACCACGGAAACCUGCCCAGACACGGCAGAGCAGGGGGAGGAGUGUGACGAGCAACUGCUGGAGCGGCAGAUGAAGAAACUGGACACAAGAGUGGGAAAAGUGUUCAGAGCGCUGGAGGAAAACUGCCUGAGCGUCGUGAUCCUGCCCGGACACAGAAGCGACGGCGUCGAUCAUCCCGGCCUCUGCUUCAUUCACAUCAAACAGAGCGACUGACCAACGCCUGAGUGUCUG